AUGGCAGGGAUGCCGGAAGGCUACCGCCGAACUCUCUCUUUGCUCCAGCGAAUGGCCAAAUCUCCACCGCAGAAGUCUCUUCUCGUCCUCCACUUUGCAUCUCUCGAUGGUGGCCUUCACCACUCCCACCAUUCAGCAGCCACCCUCCUCUUCCUCCUCCUCUCCUCAAACAACUUCCAACAAUCAGAGUCUUUCAUCCAUGACAUCGUCUCCGGCAAAUUCCCGCGCCCCCUCACCCUCUCCUCUAUCCUCAAGCACUUCUUUCCUUCAAAGAAAGAGCACACCAAUCUCACCCAACUUGUUUUUGACAUGAUUAUCAAUGCACAAUCUCGAUUGGGCAUGGCUGAUUCAGCUUUAGAGACCUUCGAUAAGAUGGUUGACCUUGGAUUGACGCCUAAACUGAGUACCUUUAAUAAUGUGCUUGGUGUUCUUGUCAAUGUUGAUAAGCUUUCUGAGGCUUCGAGAAUUUUUGAUAAGUUUGGCGGGAGGGUGGGUGUGGAUGGUUUUACUCUUGGUGUUAUGGUCAGAGGCUGUUGUAAAGCUGGGAAGAUGGAUAGUGCAAUGAAAAUUUUACCCAAGUUUGGGGAAUUGGGCCAUAGGCCUAAUGUGAUCAUAUACACGAUUCUGAUCAAUGGUUGGUGUAAAUCUGGCAAUGUUGGUGAAGCGAAACGACUAUUUCGAGAGAUGGAAGAGGAGGGAUUUCCCCCUAAUGAGUACACCUACACUGUGAUGAUCAAUGGUUGUAUAAAGAACGGAGACAAAGACGGUGGUUUCGACCUUUACGCGGAGAUGAGACGUCGCGGAGUGUUGCCGAAUCUUUUUACGUACAAUUCCUUGAUUCACGCGUACUGCAAGCUUGGCAGAUUGAAGGAGGCCUUCCAACUGUUUGAUGAAAUGGUAAGUGAAGGAGUUGUUCCGAACGUUGUGACUUAUAACACUGUCAUAUUCGGGCUGUGUCAACGACGUAGGGUCUCGGAGGCUGACAGGUUCAUGAAUAGAAUGCAGAACAGCGGUUUGGUUCCUAGCGUUGUUACGUUUAAUACACUAAUCGAUGGGCUAUGCAGAGAGGGGGAGUUUGUAAAGGCACUGAGGAUUUUGGAGCGGAUGAAGUCGAGUGGUCAGCCACCAUCUUUAGUGACGUAUAACACUCUCAUUUGUGGUUUCUGUCGUUCUUCUAAAUUAGUUGAAGCUGCAAAACUAAUGGAAGAAAUGCAGUCAAGGGGAUUAGUGCCUAAUAAGGUUACAUAUACAAUUCUUAUAAAUGCUUUUGGAAGGGAGAACGACAUGGAUAGAGCUUUUGAGUUGUUUGAUUCUAUGGAGAAGUUGGGAAUAGUGGCAGAUGUUUAUACUUAUAAUGUGUUAUUACACAGUCUCUGCAACCAGGGGAACAUGAAGGAUGCUUGGAAGUUGUACAAUGUGAUGCUUGAGAAGCAGUUAAAACCCAACGACGUCGUCUACAAUACACUAAUAAAUGGUUACUGUAAGCAAGGAAAUUCGUAUAGGGCUCUAAGGUUGCUUUCCAAAAUGACUGAAGAUGGCAUGGUUCCUAACGUUGCCAGCUAUAUCCUGACUAUCAAUUGUCUUUGUCUAGAAGGCAAAAUCAAGGAGGCUGAACAUCUGUCUGAUGAAAUGAAAAAUGGUAUAGUACCUAGUGCUUCAGUUUAUAGCACCAUAUCUUGUGCAAAAUUUAAGGUACAAGACACUGCUUCAUGAAAAAAAAUGAAAAAUUUUGGUCUGUGGAUGCACUGGAGCGAGGUGAUUUAUGAUUCGUGUGUGUGACAAGCUCAGUGCGAAGAACAGAGGAACUUGAAUCAAGGGGCCAAUAUAAAAUCAGCCACUACAGUUGCCCGAAGCAAGAGAGUCUCUGUCUGGAUCGGCAAUGAACUCUUGAGAUUAUGCUCUACUUGAAGUAUCGUAGGGGAAACGAGAGGCCUAUCUCCACCAAUAGGAAGGUUUCAUCAGUAACCAUGAUAUUAUGUCAGCUGCAGAAAAGGCAACUGGCUUCCUGCACAGGCUGAGCAUGUGUUCCUAAAUGGGAUCUGGUGUAUAGUUUGGACUUUGGACAUAUUUUUUGGUGCCAAGAUUAUGUAUAUCAAAUUAUCAACUGCAUCUUGCAGCACUGGAGUUGAUUCUUGCAGCCAUGCCACCUCAGGUUUCGAUCUGCCCUCGCUAAUAUCUAUCUGCCCACUUAAAAUCUUCUCUUCAGCUUUGCGUGUUAUUCGGAUGAAGGGGAAUCGGGUUUUAAUCCCACAGUUGCAUUUCCAUCCUUUCUUCCUUGAAGUACCAGAAUAGUCAAUGGCUCAAUAUGCACGGUGCAUAUUUUCGCAUAAAUUAGAAGCGCCUGCCUCCCCCCGCUCGAGAGAAGCACAUCACACAACUUGGAGAACCAAGAGAUGCAAGAAUCAAGAUGAAAGUUAUUAGAGACAUAAUUUACUGUCCAAUGUCCAUAAGUAUCCUCCUCGUUCCUGCAGUCUCUGAGCCAUUACGUGAGUUGUUUUUCGCAAACCCAUAAAAGGAUCGUGCGAAUUGAUAUGUAAACUAGAUUUUGUGAAGUAUAUUAGCAAUUAACAGUGUUGGACUUGUCAGGUUCUUUCCCGUGUCCCAAAAAGAAAAGUGUCUCGAUGAAGGCUGUCUUCCAGCAAGUGAGAGGUUACUAAUUACAAUUCUCCGGUUUCAGGUUGGUGAAAAGUGGAGGAAGGCAUUCUUGUGACAUUAAUGAAGAACAAAGGGAAAAGCGAAGAAGAAAUGAGCCCUUACAAGGCAGUUUUUUUCUGUGCUUUGCAUCAGUUCAGAUGUUGUCUAAAUGAUGUAUGGGAUACCAGCUGGACAUAAAGAUCUUCCUACGUCCAUUGUCACAUUGAACUUCCACUGUUUGAAACAAAAACAAAUCGUCUUCAAAUAGGAGUCUAAAACAACACACAAAAGUAACAAAAAUUACAAUGAAAACCCUUAACCCAGACUCCAACAGAAAUUUCUACCCACGUCUAAAUUUUGAAACCAAAUCUCUUGAUUUCAAAUCGGGAUCGAAGAUCAAACUGCAUGCCUAUGAAUAGCGGAUCAAGACCCGAUUCAUUUACACCGCCCCGCCAUUAAAAAUCUCAAGAUUGAAGAGAGAGAGAGAGAGAGAGAGUCAAUGGCCAUUUCGGUCCUCGACUCUGAGUCAGUAGGCAUUUCCGUCCGACAGCCAACAGCCGUUGCUGAUGCGGGGGUAGUGGGAAACCGCGAUGGACGGUCAGGAUCGCCCGAAAUUUCCUUGUAA